GCUGCACGCCAGCUCGCCGGGCUUGCCUGGGUCUACGGUGGGGAACCUGCCGGCCACGUUGGCGGGGGUCCCAGCCCGCACCUUCGGUCCGCCCUGUGCUCUCUUUGGAGCUGCCAGCCCCCAGCAGAGCCUGCACUCUUCAUGGAAAGCCCCGCGCGGUUCCCGUGGUGAUGGCAGCUGACAGUGAUGUGAAGAUGCUGCUGAAUUUUGUCAACCUGGCGUCCAGUGACAUCAAGGCAGCCCUGGACAAGUCGGCCCCCUGUCGCCGCUCUGUGGACCAUCGCAAGUACCUGCAGAAGCAACUCAAGCGCUUCUCUCAGAAGUAUUCGAGGUUCCCUAGGGGCCUGCCUGGCAGGGUGACAGAGCCUCAUCUGCCCAGAGGGCCAGAAGAGAGGCCUGCACAGCUGCCCCUCCACCCGUGCCCCGAAUCCAGCCCUGGCGGGGAUGGGAGCUGCAAGGAAAAGGCCCUGGGGACCCCCUUCAGGGAGGAGUGCCUUUCUAAGGAGCAGAGCUUUGGGGGGCUGAAUGCAGAGGUUGCUAGACCUGGCCAGGUGCCCAUGAGGAAGAGACAGCUGCCUGCUUCAUUCUGGGAGGAACCAAGGCCCACCCUGAGCUACCCAAUGGGGCUGGAGGUGGGCCUAACCCCCAGGGAGGCAUCUCUGUAUGAGAAUAAGAAAAAUUGCAAGGGCCUUGAGUCCCUGGGGCCUGAGACGGCUCCAUUGCCCAUGUCCCCAAGGGUUCUAGCUGACACGGAGCCACUCAAGAUGUCUGGGGUAUCUUUGGUAGGCAGCCUUGAUGCCUGGAGCUACUGCCCAUUCCAGUACCAUGGACAGCCCAUCUUUCCCAGCCUUCCAGGGGUCCUGCCACAAGGUCCAGUACCCAGUCUGGGCUUGUGGAGGAAAAGCCCAGCCUCACCAGUGGAGCUAGCCCACUUCUGUAAGGAUGUGGACAAUCCAGGGCCCAAAGUGUACAGACCUGUGGUUCUGAAGCCUGUUCCCACUAAACCAGCCAUGCCUCCACCCCUCUUCAAUGUCUUCGGCUACCUCUAGCUGGAUGGCCUUAGCCCCCUUUGUUGGCCUGCAGGAUGGGGUCUCUGAUAAGCUCUCCAAGUGAGAAGAGAGCAGGG